AACUUAGAAGUAGUAGUAGAAGAAGAAGGUGGCUGGAAAAACAUGUGUGCUGCUCCCGUCACAAGUUCUCUGUCUAAACUACAGUCUUUACACGGACUUUUAGCGAUACAUAAAAAACAAGGACCGACUUCUGCUGACGUGUUGAAUGCCUUCAAAGAAGCCUUAUACAGAGAAGCGGGUGUCGAAUGCACAAACCCGCGGAAGAGGAGGAAACAGAGUCUGAAGAUGGGUCACGGAGGAACCCUGGACAGUUCAGCCAGUGGGGUGCUGGUUGUUGGCGUUGGAAAUGGCACAAAAAUGCUCAGCACAAUGUUGUCUGGUUCAAAGAAAUACAUUGCUGUAGGGGAACUCGGAAAAGCUACAGAUACCCUUGAUGCAUCUGGGGCUGUGAUUCUGGAAAAAGACUUUGAUCACAUAACCAGAGAUAAGAUGGAGGAAAAACUGAUGCUUUUUACUGGUGACAUUAUGCAGGUGCCUCCGCUGUACUCUGCUCUGAAGAGGGAUGGUCAGCGUCUAUCUGUCUUGUUGAAGAAAGGUCACAAUGUUGUGGCCAAACCUGCGCGGCCUGUCACGGUUUACAGCCUGACUCUGCAGGAGUUCAAACCACCACUCUUCACCUUGGAUAUUGAGUGCGGUGGUGGAUUUUAUGUUCGGAGCCUGGUGGAUGACCUGGGAAAAGCCUUGUCAUCAUGUGCUCAUGUGAAAGAGCUGAUCAGGACCAAACAAGGUCAGUUCACCCUACAAGAGCACGUCUUAUACGAGGAGAAGUGGACGCUGGAGCAUGUCCUGAAGUCUCUGCAUCCCUGCCCAGAGGGGGGGCAAAGGUUGGACCAUCCAGAACCACCACAGGUCAACACCUAAGGAUCACUGGACCCAUCUCUCAGACCUUAGCUUUUCACAUCACAGCAUUAUCCAGCAUAUGGCUUAAUAAAGUGUUGUGAUACGCUGCUGA